AUGGUUGAUAAAGAGAAUGCCGAGGUCGAGGUGACCAAAGCCAAGUCCGCCAGAGCCCCUCCAGCUCAGAGCGAAUUGUCCGAUGCCUUGAUUACGUUCCCUCGUCCAGAGCUGACCGAUGAUCUUGAUAACCCUUGCGCUGACGACACCAGUACCGCAGAGAUUGCGGCCAACGCGCCGCGCUACCGAAGGAGGAGUUCGACCUUUAUCGAUGCCAUCCAUGACAUCGCAGAGGAUCAGGGAGAUCUGGCUCCCGCCCAGCUGUACAGCACCAUGUCUGGGAGGCUCUUCCACUCCGGCCGCAUUGCGAUUGUGAUGGUUGGGCUUCCUGCUCGGGGCAAGACCCACAUAUGUGUGUCUAUGGCUCGGUACCUUCAAUGGUUGGGGGUCAAGACGCGCAUCUUCCAUCUUGGAGAUUAUCGCCGGGCCACUGUCGGUCAGGGGGGUUCAAUCCCGGAGGAUUACUUCUUUCCGAAUGCAUCUCCUGCGUCGAUAAUGCUACGACAGAAGAUCCUGAAGAAGUGUCGUGAGGACAUCUACUCGUGGCUGAACCACGAGAAUGGUCAAGUUGCCAUCUACGACGCCGUCAACCACACAGCAAGUGGGCGCCGGUCUCUUGCCAAGGAGUUUGGAAAGCACGAUGUCCAGACGCUCUUCAUAGAGUCGUAUGUUGAUGACAAUCGCAUCCUCACAGAGAAUGCCCGCAAUGUCAAGAUCUCGUCGCCCGACUUCCAUGGAAUGGAGCCUGAUGAGGCCGCGAAACUCUAUCUCCGGCGCAUUGAGAUGAAGAUACCAGCCUUCGAGACGAUGAACGAGAAUGAGCUGAACUACGUCAAGAUGAUCAACGCCGGCCAGACCUUCUUCUACAACAACGUCAGCUUCAACUACCUCUCCCACCGCAUCGUCUUCUACUUGACCAAUUUGCACAUCAAGUCGCGCACCACCUUCUUCGUGCGCGCCGGCAUAACGACUGAGGAAGACUCUUACAGAGCCGAUGCGCCCCUCUCCGAGGAUGGCCGCACAUAUGCCGCCAAGAUGUCGGAAAUGCUACUCAAGCACAGGGAGCAGGAACGCCAAGCGCUUAUUGCCCAGGGCGGGCCCGACCUUCCGCUUCGGCCCUUGACCGUGUGGACAUCGACAAGACUGAGGACGAUCCAGACCGCGGAUUACCUCAAGGAGAAGGGAUAUAAGGUCCGCCAGCGUUCGCAGAUGAGCCAAAUCAACCCGGGAGUAUGCGAGAAGCUGUCCGAGCGCGUCAUUCGCCGUCUCUAUCCCGAUGAGAUAGAGAAGCAUGAGCUGGAUCCCUAUCACCAUCGAUACCCCCGCGCCGAGUCCUACCACGACCUGGCAGUCCGCCUAGAGCCCAUCAUCCUCGAGCUAGAGCGCGAGCAAAACGACCUCCUAAUCAUCGCCCACGAGUCUGUUCUGCGCGUCCUGUACGCCUACCUGAUGCACUGCUCGACCAUGGAGAUCCCCAAGCUCAAGUUCCCGCGCGACGAGAUCAUCGAGAUCAUCCCUGCCGCCUACCAGAACGAGGCCAAGCGCAUCCACAUCCCGGGGCUCGACCCAAAGUACAUCCCCAGCUCGCCCGAGGACAUCCGCAUCCCCGUCCCCGGGCCCCCGAGCGGCGCCCUGUCACCCAUCACCGGCCUGAGCAGCCCCGCCGAGCCCGUCGAGACCCGGCCCCCCGAGAAGGUCGUCAACAAGGCGGCCCAGAUGGUGGCGGACAAGCUCGCGGAUGAGGAUUAG